AUGGAGGGGGAAGCACAGAGAUCCUUUUUUUCUUCGUGGGGCGAAUGCUUCAGAGCGAGGCGGAUCCGCGCGUUGUUUCCUGUGGGUUUCAAAGGAGAAAUCAAAGAGCUGUCUAAACUGGCAGGACCUGUGUUUAUGGCCCAGCUCAUGAGUUUUGCUGUGAGUUUCGUCAGCACCGUUUUCUGUGGCCAUCUGGGGAAGACGGAGCUGGCAGGAGUAGCUUUGUCCAUAGCAGUCAUUAAUGUGACAGGCAUUUCUAUUGGCUCUGGUUUGGCUUCAGCAUGCGACACGCUGAUAUCUCAGGUNUAUGGAAGUGGUAACCUCGUGAGAGUUGGAGUCAUUCUGCAACGGGCAAUCCUCAUUUUGCUGCUGGCGUGUUUCCCCUGCUGGGCCGUCCUGGUCAACACGGAGCCCAUCCUUCUGGCUGUCAAACAGGAGCCAGAAGUAGCCAAGUUGGCUCAGCUGUACGUGAAUAUCUUCAUGCCAGCACUUCCUGCUGCUUUUAUGUAUUCAUUAGAAUCAAGAUAUCUACAAAACCAGGGCAUCAUUUGGCCGCAGGUGAUCACAGGCUUUGUUGUCAAUCUUCUUAAUGCCCUCAUCAACUACAUUGUUAUUUUCGUGUUAAAAAUGGGAGUAAAAGGCUCUGCUCUUGCCAACUCUUUCUCCCAAUUUGCCAUGGCUGGAUGUCUCUAUGGUUACAUCAUGUGGAAAGGCCUUCACAAAGCCACCUGGGCAGGCUGGACUAAAGAAUGCCUGGAGGACUGGGGCUCAUUUAUUCGUUUGGCCAUCCCUGCCAUGAUCAUGCUGUGCGUUGAGUGGUGGACAUAUGAGAUCGGGGGCUUUCUUGCAGGUCUAAUAAGCGAGGUGGAACUCGGAGCUCAGUCGGUCGUAUACGAACUGGCAAACGUUGCCUACCUGUUUCCCAUGGGUUUCAGUGUGGCUGGCAGUGUGAGAGUUGGAAACGCUUUGGGAGCUGGAGAAACCAGUCAGGCCAAGCUGUCUGCAAAAACCACAAUGUUUUGUGCAGGGUCGGUGUCUGUUUGCUUGGCGAUUCUCAUUGGGAGCCUGAAGGAUCACAUCUCUUACGUUUUUACAUAUGAUGAACAAAUCAGGGAAAGAGUUGCUGACGUUAUAUCGUUUUAUUCUCCAUUUGUCCUCCUGGAUGCCAUGUCUGUUGCCUCUGGUAGCAUCAUAAGAGGAGCAGGUAAACAGAUGGUUGGUGCGAUUUGCAACAUUGUGGGAUAUUAUGGGAUUGGUUUUCCUAUUGGAGUGUCACUGAUGUUUGCAGCUAAGUUAGGAAUCAAAGGUCUGUGGACUGGAUUGUUUAUUUGUGUAUCAUUGCAGUGUGUAUUCCUCAUUUUGUAUCUGGUCAAAAUGAACUGGAAGACGGCUACAGUCGAGGCUCAGAUCAGGGCGGGCGUGCAUGAGAUCUUCAUUGACACAGGUCCCCAGCCAGAGGAUGCCGAGAACUCCCUGGAUCAAACGAACGCCGUUGACCUGGCUGAAGCUCAAGACGAACCAGCAGUUAAAAUACUGGGAUGUAAACCCUCUCGCAUGACUCCGCUUUGGCGAAGAUGUCUGGCUCUGGUUGUCAUGCUAGCAAUCUUAAUGAUCGGAAUCAUUAUAAACCUGCUGGUCACAUGACGGCACAGUCCACUGAAGUCAGGUGGAUGAUUCUUUGCCACCAGUGAAAAUGUGAAUGUUGGCACUGCGUGACCUAGCAGGACCAGGAUGGGCACACGCUGAGAUAAGCAGGAGGAGACGGCAGAAGGAGAAACGGUUCAUAAUCAGUAACACUCCCUGCACUUUAGAACUUCAAAAUGUUAUUUAACUCUUCCUGUUGGCAGUUGUGCCACUACAUGC